AUGUCGUUCAUGAAAGAUAUUCAGAAGGAUAAUGAGGUGAGAGAUAAGAGUUCUGCAGCAAUGCAGAAGCAAUUGGGGCAAUUAGCAGAGGAUAUAGCCCAGUUGAGAAGAGACCCUGGAAAAUUGCCAAGUACCACCACGGUUAACCCACAACAUCAAAGCAGUAGUUCAGCUACCAAGAAUGCACGUGUAAACCAGGUAAGUGUACUUCGUUCUGGUAAAGUGUAUGAUAAUAAGGUUGGCACUCCACCACAAUUUGUUGAUGGAGUGGUGGAGGAGUGGGAUGAAAAUGAGGAAGAGGAACAUGAACCUGAACCUGUAAGCCCUACGAAAGCUAAUAAAACGACUUCUCAAGAAACUAAUGAUAGUGUAUUAGAAAACGUAUCAACUAAGGAUACGGAAAAGGAUGCUGGAGUUAAAACCAACUCGUUUCCUCAAGCUUUGGUAGAACCGGGAACUAAACCUACUAAAAGAGGCCCACAACAGGAAGAGAUGUGGGAAGUUUUUAAGCAAGUAAAAAUAAAUAUCCCGUUGUUAGAUGCGAUAAAACAGGUUCCGACUUAUGCAAGGUAUUUGAAGGACAUGUGCACCCAAAAGCGGCAAAACAAAUUUCCAAAGAAAAUCGAUUUAACCGAAAAUGUUAGUGCCGUUCUGUCGGGUGCCAUCCCUCCUAAACUCCGAGAUCCAGGUGCUCCGUUAAUACCCAUUCAAGUGGGUGACUUUAAAAUGAGCCGGGCAUUGCUGGAUCUGGGCGAGAGUGUGAGUAUUCUCCCGGUUAGUCUUUAUGAUCAAUACGAUUUCGGACCGUUACAGAGAGCCGACACCACAGUAGUGUUGGCCGACUUGACUUUGAAAUUACCACGGGGAAUUGUGUGUGAUGUCAUUAUCAAAGUAGAGGACUUUUACUACCCAGUUGACUUCUUGGUUUUAGACUAUGUCUCAAUUGAUAAAACUAAACAACCUAAUGUUAUACUCGGUUGA